AUGUGCCACUCAACAACGAAUCUGUGCAAGGAUGUGGAAAUAGACGCCCUAAUAAUACAAGGCAUAACACGAUCCUACGCUUCUCCUGGAGCUAAUGAUUUGCAUUUCAAUGAUGGUGCAUCAACUGCUGAUGUCAUUGCUGGAGACGUGUUUUUUGAAAUAAUUGAUCCUCCUGAGUUGAGAUAUUCCUAUAGAAUUAGACCGGCUAAGGAUUUUGGUGCCACAUUCAAUAAUAGCAUACAUUUUGAAAAAGCUAGACUAGUCCCCACAGUGCCAAUACAUAGUUGUGCAGAUAUUGUUAAUGUUGAAGAAGUUUUUGGACACAUAGCAUUGUCGGAGAGAGGGGAGUGCUCUUUUGUUUAUAAAACAGCCAAAGCACAGCAAGCUGGAGCUCUGGCAAUAAUCAUAACAGAGUCUGUUGAUAAGUGGGAUGAUUCAGGGAUAGAUCACCUGAUAGAAAUGGUUGAUGAUAAAAUGGAUGUAGAUGUAAAUAUACCAGCAGCUUUUCUCCUUGGCCGAAGCGGAGGAACAAUACUCAGAACUUUAAGAAGACUGCAUAGAAAUUAUGCUAUAAUAAAUCUACCUGUCACUCAUUGUUAUGUAAAUUAUGAAAGACAUAACGUUGGAAGUCCUCAUAUUAGUUGGGCCGACGACAUCGUAAUAUUCGCGGCCAACCUGUGGUUGAUAAUGGCAACCUGUCGUUUGUUG